AGAAUAUCAACCAUUUCUAUCGCAUUCUCCUGGGAUUCCUCGUCGAGACUUAAAAAGUGCGCGAGACAAGAUGUCCCUCAAGAGAAACGAUAUACAGUAUCCACCCAGAACGUACAAGACGGUCAAGCAGCUAUCACUUCCGGAAAAUAGGAGCAUCAGUGUGGCAGACAUCGACUCUUUGAAUGUGAUACACGAAAAAGUGCAUGCUCCUGUAGAGGGUAGUAAGAUAGUUGAGUUCUACAAUGGCAAAUCUGUUCUGUUGACUGGAGGCACUGGAUUCAUAGGGAAGUUGAUGACCGAAAAAUUGCUCAGAACAUGCAGUGGAAUAGAUACUCUUUACUUAUUGGUCAGGCCUAAAAGGGGGAAAAAUGCUGAGACUAGACUUGACGAUACCUUUGACGAUGAGAUUUUCUCUGAGCUUAAAAAGGCCCAACCCAAGUUUAGGCAUAAGGUUGUGCCAAUUCAAGGAGAUGUUUCCCUUCCCUCCUUAGGAAUUACCAUCGAAGAUAGGCAGAAGUUAAUAGAAAAGGUCAACAUUAUCAUCCACGGGGCUGCAACAGUGCGUUUCGACGAACCCCUUCGACGAGCCACUGCUGUCCACGUGUCCGGAACCAAAGAGAUCAUGACUCUGGCCCAACAAUGCAAGAAUCUGGUGUCUUUGGUCCAUAUCAGCACUGCUUAUAGCCAGUGCGCUUACAAGGAGAUCAGGGAGGAAUUUUACGAUCCUGUGUACAUGACAGAACCAUUCCUGAAGAUGAUAGAGACCAACAGCGACAAAUAUCUGAAUAAGAAUCAGACAGCAAUAUUGAGGGGUUGGCCGAAUACGUAUUCCUUCACCAAGGCGAUCGCAGAACACACUGUAAGAACCAUGGCUAAUGACAUACCAACAGCGAUUUGCAGACCAGGGAUAGUAACAUCAACGUACAAGGAACCACUCAGGAGUUGGAUUGACAACCUUUACGGACCCAUGGGAGCCAUAGUGGGUGCUGGUACUGGCCUUCUGAGAACCUUCCAUUUGGACGAAGAAAAAGUUGCUGACCUGAUACCUGGGGAUUACGUAGCGAAUGGAAUCAUAGCUGCUGCUUACAAUAAUCAGUUCAACGAGAAAGGGGUGGUGAAAAUCUACAACAACAUAUCAUCAGCUCAAAAUCCAAUAACGUGGGGAGAUUUCACUGAGUUGGCCGUGUACUACGGCCUUCAAAAUCCCACAAUGAAGUCGAUAUGGUAUUACUGCAACACCCUGAAUAAGAACAGAUACAUCCACUUCCUGUUCGAGUUUUUCCUACAUUUGAUACCGGCCCUUCUGAUCGAUGGGUACCUGACACUGAUAGGGAAAAAAAGACGCAUGGUGAACAUAUACAAGAAAAUACACAAAUUCAGCCUUCUGCUCUCAUAUUUUUCGCUUAGAGAAUGGAAGAUGCACAAUAAGAACCUUCAGGAUUUGUGGAGCGGCCUGUCGGAUAAGGACAAGGAAAUAUUUGAGUUCAGCAUGGCGCCGGAGGAUUUCAACUGGAACAGUUAUAUCAGCAUCCUAGGUGGUGGUGUUAGACUGUACUUGCUGAAGGAUAAGAUGGAAACUAUCCCUGCUGCUAAGAGAAAAUACAAAAGGUUGUACUAUCUUCACAAUGCCUUCAAAGCUGUAACUCUUCUGAUUGCGCUCAGGAUAGCAGUGUCCAUUUUGAACACAAUCGUUGGUUUCUUCCAUGGACACCGUGUACAUGCAAAUUUGAUGAACGAUAGAAUAAAACAAGUAGCAUCAAUGAAGUUUCGGUAUUUGCUCAGUGCAGCACUGAGGAUAACUGAGGAAAAUAGUGCUGUGAAAAUGUCAUUCCACAAAGGAGAAAUUCAGUUUCCACCAAAGGCGUUCAAGACUUUGGAUCAACUGCUACGUGAAGAGAACAAACACUUGUGGAAAUCUGAUGUUGAUCAUUUCUACAACGUCCACCAGAAAGUACAUGCUCCUGUGGCAGGAAGCAAGAUCGUCGAGUUCUUCAACGGAAAAACAGUCUUUUUGACAGGUGGCACUGGAUUCAUUGGAAAAUUGAUAGUUGAGAAAUUAUUGAGAAGCUGCGCGGAGAUGGAUAGGAUUUUCCUAUUGGUAAGGCCCAAAAAGGGCAAAGAUGUCCAAACAAGAUUGGAAACUACUUUUUCAGAUCCGGUCUUCUCAGAGUUGAAGAAGGUGAAUCCCAACUUCCUGAAAAAAGUGACACUCGUUCAAGGAGAUUGUUCUGAAGCCAAUCUAGGACUGAGCUCUGAAGACAGACAGAAACUGAUCGAGAACGUCAACGUUAUCAUCCACGGUGCUGCUACAGUUCGUUUCGAUGAGCCACUCCGUAUAGCUGCAGCGAUCAAUGUUAAGGGAACUAUAGAAAUUAUGAGAUUGGCCCAGCAGUGCCAAAAUUUGGUGUCGAUGGUUCAUAUAAGCACCGCCUACUCUCAAUGUGUUCUCAAGGAAGUCAGGGAACAUUUUUAUCCACCUCCAAUGGAGACUGAACAGUUCUUGAAGUUUGUCGAAGAACACAGCGACAAAUACAUGGAAGAAAAUCUAGAGACUAUCCUCAAAGGAUGGCCGAACACCUACACAUUCACUAAAGCAAUAGGAGAAAUGGUGGUAAAGAACAUGGUGAAGGAUAUUCCAACAGCAAUUUGUAGACCAUCGAUUGUGAUGCCAACAUUCGAGGAACCAAUACGCAGCUGGACUGACAAUUUCAAUGGACCAAUAGGAAUGAGUGUGGGAGCAGGAAUUGGAGUGCUGAGAACAGCUUUGGUAGAUCUGGACAAGGUUGUCGAUCUGAUACCUGGAGAUUUCAUAGCAAACGGAGUUAUAGCAGCUGCUUAUCAAAAUCAGUUCAAUGAGAAGGGAAAGAUACAGAUUUACAAUCUGUCGUCUUCAUCGGAGAAUCCAAUAACCUGGCGCGAUCUACAGGAUAUCGGCUUCCAUUAUGGCCUUCAAAAUCCCUCUAUAAGAUCAAUUUGGUAUGUUGCCUUGAAUACAACAACCAACAAGUAUUUCCAUUAUUUCAUGGAAUUUUUCCUUCAUCUAAUACCUGGUCUUUUGAUGGAUGUUUAUCUGGCACUGAUGGGAAAGAAAACAGGGCUGCUAAAGCUAUACAAGAAGUACCACGAGUUCAGCGUUCCAUUUUCGUUCUUCUCCUUCAAUGAAUGGAAAAUGCACAGUGAUAAUACUCAGAAGUUGUGGAAAAGUCUAUCUCCCAAAGAUAAGGAAGUUUUCGAGUUCAAUAUGGCACCUACGAAUUUCAGUUGGAACGAGUACAUGAUUACCAUGGGAUUGGGAAUUAGGCAGUAUGUUCUCAAGGAAGAGGUAGACACAAUUCCUGCAGCUAGAAAAAAGUUCCAAAGGUUCUAUUAUAUGCACAACAUCCUGAAAGCGAUAGUUAUCCUGGUAGUCUUAAAGUUAGUGAUGGCCAUUAUCAAUGCACUGAUAAGUAUUUUUACUUGAUGGAAAUCUGAAUCCUACAUGUCUCCAGAUUGGUUAAAACCAUUUUUGUACAUUAUCCAAAAAUUAAUCAAUAAUGUUAAUUUAAUUGAUCAAAAUAUACUCGUUUUUUUAUGUGUU